AUGUCCACGACCUCCUUCAAACCGGUCGCUGCUGAGCCUGUCGACGAGCAGAAUGGGUUGAUCUACGGCGUCUCUGCGCAGGAGCUGGAGAUCAUCGGCGGGCAAGCCAUUGACGCAAAAGCCAAAGCUUACUGUCCAUACUCUCUCUUCCGUGUAGGUGCAUCACUUCUCCUCCGCCAGUCGACGACAUCCGAGCCAGCCACCAUCGAGGGCGCAAACGUCGAAAACGCCGCAUACCCAGUAGGAACAUGCGCUGAGCGCGUCGCCUUCGGUACAGCUGUAGUUCAGGGCCACAAGCUUGGGUCUUUCAAGGCCGUUGCUGUGGCCACAGACAUCGACGACUUCUGCUCGCCGUGUGGCAUGUGCAGGCAGUUCUUGAGAGAAUUCUUGAGCCUGGAGACACCCAUUUUCAUGUUCAACAAGGAGGGAAAAUACAUUGUGCGGACGAUGGGCGAGCUGCUGCCGCUGAGCUUUGGGCCCGAUGUGCUGCCGCCGAGAGAGCAGUUGAAGAAGGAGAGGGAGGGAGACAAGGCGAAGGCCGCGUGA